AAAUAAAGUAUAUGAAAUGGAAUGGGAUCAGAAUGAAGAAAGAGGUCAAAUGACACUUCAGGACCUCGGCUCUCAAAUUGCACCCUUGACCAUACAUGUUGUGAAUUUACCUCCAUUGGUCACUAAAGAAGAAAUAGCGGAGAAGUUUUGUAUUACACAAGACUGCAUCACCCUGAAGCAGAAGCCUGGCAAGAAGACUGCCUCUGCCAUCAUUGUUCCCUCCAGCUGGCAUGAAAGUGAUAAAAUUUUGAGUGAUUUUGAUGGGAAGCAGAGUGCAUUCUUUGGGAAGCAGAGAGCACUUGUAAGGCAAUCUUAUGACGUGGACACAUCCCGACCCUCCUCAAAGCGCUACCAGCUUCAUAAGCUGUCCAAUGAAGAGUUUGACUUGAGCCCUGCACGUAGUGGGCUGCCUACACUUCAUGUCCUCCAUGAUUACGUCUUGCUUCAUAUUAUGGAAUAUUUGAGUGUUGCUGAAAAACUGACUCUUGAAGCAGUGUGUCGACGCUUUCAAUCGCUGGUUUACAGCAUGCUGGGCCAGAAUAGCGUCAUAGACUUCUCUUAUUGCUGGAAACGUCAUAGACUUCAGCGUCAUAGACGUCACGUCUGGAAAAGUGCUCACUCCAACCUCUCCAAAUGUCGGAGCAAGUCGCCGGUCCAGUUGACGCAAGGCCUCAAGCUCUGCACCUACAAGAUGCUCAUCAUGAACGCAACUCACCUCACGACUCUAAGACUCGACGAGUAUCGCUGCAUCUUUGAUGUCAACGUAUUUGCUGCCAUAGGUCAACUUGCUGUGAACCUGGAAGAUUUAUGCCUGCGGUUUUCGUCAAAGAGGAAGCACUACACCUCCAUGAAGACCAUCUUCUCGGGCUGCUCAAAACUCAGGAUUUUCGGUCUCGAAGGCUGCUUCAACACGUCAGGUUCGAAUGAAUUGUUGCGAGACUUAAGGCAAUGCAAAUGCCUGGAGGUGUUGCGGCUGGGCGGAAUAACGCAUUUUAACUUCGCUCUUCUGCGGAAGUUGCAAUCUCCUCUGCAAGAGCUCUCAAUCCGCAACGUUGACACGUUAUCGAAGUUGAGAUCAACCGAUAGCUUUCCAGGCUUCCCUGUCAACUCUACACUCACGACGUUACGCUUGUUCGCCUUCUUUAGCGCAGACUUGGAAGAUUGGCUGCAUGCUUGGCUCCCCUCCUUGGCAUGCAAGUGUCCAGCGCUCACCCAACUCCAGCUUGAUUGCUACGUUUUUGCAGAGACUCCCAAUUUCAAGACAUUCAAUAACUUGAAGGUGCUACAUUGUAUGAUUGGUGAUAUGGUUGAAAUUGAGGUUCUUCUCAAAAGCGCUCUGCCAGACGUCGAGGACCUCUACAUCGACUUUUGCCCAGGAGAAGUUCAUGACCUGCUCACCGUAGACUUUUCACUUGCACCGACGUCGGUGAAGUCCCUAACGCUGCCUUCCGUUGCUCUGGACGAUGACUCGUACAAGUGCCUCCUGCGCAUGCCAAAGCUGCAGCGAGUCUUCGUCAAAAACGAGAAAUUCUCACUGGCUCAGCUGAAACUACUCGUGGCCCACGUUCAGCUGGUCGAGAUCGGCGCCGGGAUGGUGUUCGUAAAUCUCGCCACGGCACAGGAGCUCACUGCGCUGCGCAGGAAGGCGCUGGCCGAGGGCAGGUCCAGGUUUCCCUCACUGUAUCUCGACCACGACCAACCCCUCGUGCUUCAUGUCCAUUACCCUUACCAUGCGGCCUUCGAAAAUCCUCUCAUCAAAAUCAAAGACCACAAGCUGCACUGGUACAUCUACGAGCGCGUCGGGUCGAGUGGCUGGACAACGGACAACGAGUGGCUGGACUUCGACCAUGAUUUCCUCCAGCACCAGAUAGAGCCCCUGCGCGAGUUACAAAUCUUAUAAGGACAUGUACGUUGACCACAGCGAUGAUUUUGACGACUACACCUCCAGCUCCAACCACGACGAAUAUGGUGGAGACGACGCCUAGCUUUAUGAUGAUCAACUCGACGAAGACAUGGUCCUUAGAACUUUAGCUUUUGUAAGAAAUUCACAGUUUCAAAUUUAUAGUUUUUUGAGUAGCUAUUUCAUAAUAGCUCUUUUUUUGAAGCAGUCAUAAAUGAAUCUCAGCUCUAGAACCAAAAUGUUAAUCCAUCUCACUCAAUUACAAUCGAAUCGAGAUAGCAAUAUAGUCUUCUCAUUGUUCUUUUGUUCAUGACAAAAUGGGGUCAAAGAAGCAAGAGUCAGAUGUUUUCAAGUUGGUACGUUCCAAAUAAUAUUUAAGUUAAGAAAUUUCGAGGCUAUGGCUACAUAUUCAAAUAAGGAGAAUUUCAGUUGGAAAUAGGGAGAAAUUUUGUUUUAUGUUUUCUAUUUCAAAUCCGCCUUGUAGUAAAAUAUGUCGCUGAACGAACGAUUUAUGUAAUUCAAGCCUCGUUCGAUUUAUAACAGUUGAAAAAAACGUAAUUGUUAAAGUGCAUAAAUAAAUCAGAACAGCCUCAGUUGCUGCGGUAAGUGUCAGCAGUUACGCCAAAAGUCAGUAAGUAAUAACUAGGGCCAGCAAGUUACAACUUGUGUCAGCCAGUCCAAAAAGGUAUCAGCAAGUCACGGCAAGUGUCAACAAGUUGCAAUAAUUUUCAAUGAGCCACGACAGGUGUCAGCAAGUCACGACUACUACUACCAAGUCAUGCCAAGUGUCAGUAAGUAACUACAAGUUUCAGAAAGUUACCACCAAUAGCAACAGGUCACGGCAAGUGCCAGCAAGUCACAAGUGUCAGUCCACUUGUGACUUGCUUGAAGUCCACUUGCUGCGCCACUUGCUUGUUGAGGCCUUAAUGCCGCUCCAGAGGUAAAUCAUCAGCUAUAUUUUUUAUAUCUAUCAUAAGAGCGCUGAAAGACUGCGGAGCGGUAACAAUGUCACUCAAGCUGUUGGCUGCAAGGCUGUAGCAGAAAGAGCCUUUCCUAAAGGUUCCUGAUAGCGAGAUACAGCCCUCAACUAACUGGUCUGUUGCUAUAUGCGAAGUCUUUUUGCAGUUUCUUUCUCCUAAGUUUUAAUCACAAAUGUGAACAGGGAAUGUUGAUGUCACUCCAAACAAAAGGCUGUUUCUUAAGAGAUUUUAUGAUGCUUCGAAAAAUAGCCAUCGAUGACUUCGUUAAAAGUUCUUCUGUGAUUUCUAAUAAGCUCUAGCAAUGUGCUUUUUGUUUCAAUAAAUAUGAGUUAAUCUAUGGUAGGAACUAAACUUUUACUUCCUAUUGACGUCAUUCGUGGUCUGAGUUGUUUUUAGACUUCA